AUGCCACCUUUUAUGGCGGCAGUGAAAGCCUCUGACACUAUAGAGACUUUGUGCACUGGGGAUAAGCAAGAAAAACCCACAUUCACAUCUUCAUUUUCCCGCAAAGCCGAAUCAAAUCUCUCAACUCUCAACCCGUGGAGCAUGUGGUUAUGGGAAUCUGUACAGCCAAGGCUACGGAGUAAACACGGCGGCACUGAGCACGGCCCUUUUCAACAAUGGUCGGAGCUUGCUUCGAGAUCAAGUGCGCCGAAGAUCCAAGGUGGUGCAACCCAGAAAGACCCUCCAUUUUUGUCCCCGCCACCAACUUUUGUCCACCCAACUAUGCUUUACCAAAUGACAAUGGUGGGUGGUGCAACCCUCAUUGAACCCACCUCGACCUCGCCAUGCGCAUGUUCAUCAAGAUCGCCCAGUACUGUUAUUGUUCCGGUCAAUUUCCGCCGUUGA